AUCUCCAACCGUCCGGACUGAGUGACUCUCUCUCUCUCUCUCCGUCUAUCUCUCCACCUUUACAAACAAUGUCUACGCGGACGCCCCCGAUUUCGUCCUUCUCCACAACGGCGUGGUUUUAACCACGCAAAUAUGGAUUGACUUUGAUUUCGCCCUGCAGCCUGUUGAAGUUUUAAACCGCAUUUCUCCGGCCGAUCGCGUCUCUGCUCGGCGAGCUUCAUGUUUCCUUCGGCAACUUUCGGAAGUGACUCGUUCCGGAUGCGUUCACACUAGCGACACGAGCGCUCGAUCAGACGGAUUGUAAAUACGGAUCGCGACCGAGGCUUCUCGUACUUGUUUGAUUUGUGAUUAAAGUGAUGGCGGAGCGGGGAGCCCGGUUGCUCCUCACGGUCUUCUGCCUCACCAUCACGGCUUCACGCGCUGAGAAAGGGUCAGCAGUAAGAAACUUCAGCCCGUUCUGGUUCUCCGUCGAGCCUUCAGACACGUUAGCCGUGCGGGGAACGCCAGCGCUGCUCAACUGCUCGGUCCACAGCGAGUCUCCUGCCAAGAUCGAAUGGAGGAAAGAUGGCGCUUUUCUCAAUCUGGCAUCCGACGAGCGCAGGCAGAUCCUGCCCGACGGCUCUCUCCUUAUAGCCUCAGUGGUUCAUUCGAAACACAAUAAACCCGAUGAGGGCGUUUACCAAUGUGUGGCCACUAUAGACAACCUGGGCACUAUCAUUAGCCGUACAGCUCGAAUCAGUGUAGCAGGAAUACCGCGGUACCUCAGUCAGCCUGAAGCUGCAUCAGUUCGGAAAGGUGAUAGUCAUGUGCUGAACUGCGAGGUAAAUCCAGAUCUGGUGUCUUUCAUCCACUGGGAGAGAAACAAGGAGCCGGUUAAUCCGGACGAGAGAGUGUUUAUCCUGCCGAGCGGAGCUCUUGUCAUCAGUAACGCCACAGAGACGGAUGCAGGACUUUACCGCUGCGUCAUCGAGAACGCCGGACCCACCAAGACCAGCGAUGAGGCUGAAAUACAAAUACUGCCCGAAAUUGGUGAGGAACGGAGUCUGGAGUUCCUCCAGGAACCUCAAGAGGUGUCUAAGAGCAUAGGAGAGAACGUGCUGUUCCCCUGCGUGGUGACGGGAUAUCCCACAGCGAAUGUUCGAUGGAUGCACAAAGACCAGCUCAUUGAGGGGAGCGAGGGCCGCUUUGAGGUGCUUGGCGGGGGGAGUCUGAGGAUCUUCAAUCUGACAGAGGAUGACGCUGGCAUGUACAGUUGCCUGGCUGACAACAUCAAUGCAACCAUUGAAACCCAGGCUGAGCUCACAUUGAAAGCUCCCCCACAGUUCUUGAAGAAACCCAAAGACGUAUACGCUCACGAAGCCACAGACGUCAUCCUCGAGUGCGAGGUCAUCGGCUCUCCCGCUCCCACCAUCAAAUGGGUAAAAAACGGAGAUGCCGUCAUUCCCAGCGACUAUUUCAAGAUUAUUAAGGAGCGGGACCUGCAUGUGUUGGGUUUGGUCAGAUCAGAUGAAGGUUACUAUCAGUGUUUAGCUGAGAACGAAGCUGGGAACAUUCAGUCUGGUGCUCAGCUCAUCAUUUUGGAUCAAGAUGUAGCUCUCCCCACACCCCCUUCCACCUCACUGACCCGUACCACUACUGACCAUCUAAUGCCAGGCUCCGGAGGCAGCACCGGCCCUACGCCCUCCGCCCCCCGUGAUGUCGUGGCGUCCCUGGUCUCCACCCGCUUCAUCAAGCUGACCUGGCGUCCUCCGGCCGAGCCACAUGGAGAUGAUGUCACCUACUCUGUUUACUACAGCGUGGAGGGCACUAACAGAGAGAGAACCGUAAGCACAAGCAGACCGGGUGAAAUGCAAGUCACCAUUCAGAACCUAAUACCAGAAACCAAGUACAGCUUUAGGGUGGUGGCCCAUAACACGAAUGGACCUGGAGAGAGCUCAGUACCUGUAAAGGUGGCCACCCAGCUCGAAGUCCAGGUACCUGGUCCUGCUCCUAACUUGCAGGCAGUGGUGACCUCUCCCUCUACGGUUAGUCUCAGCUGGGACGUACCACUCACGGGUAACGGUGAGAUCCAACACUACAAAAUCUACUACCUGGAGAAGGGUGUGGACAAUGAACAGGAUCUGGAGGUGAACACGCUGUCUUACACAAUGACUGGACUGAAGAAGUUCACUGAGUACAGUUUCAGAGUCGUGGCUUAUAACAAACACGGUCCUGGAGUCUCCACGGAGGAUGUAUCCGUACGAACCUACUCUGAUGUCCCCAGUGCUCCUCCACAGAAUCUGAGUGUCGAGGUGUUGAACUCUAAGAGCAUCAUGGUCCGAUGGAACCCACCGGCAACGGAUGCUCAAAACGGAGAGAUCAUCGGCUACAAGAUCCGAUACAGGAAGAGCGGGAGGAAGACCGAAGCUGCAGAGAUUACUUCAGGAUCACAGCUGUCUCAACUCAUAGAGGGUCUGCAGCGAGGAACAGAAUACAUGGUGCGGGUGUCGGCCAUUACGGUGAAUGGCACGGGUCCGGCCACUGAAUGGAUCAGUGCCGAGACCUUCGAGAGCGAUCUGGAUGAGACAAAAGUGCCGGAUGUCCCGAGCUCCCUGCAUGUGCGGCCGCUUGUUAACAGUAUUGUGGUGAGCUGGACCCCUCCAGAGAAUCAGGACAUCGUGGUGAGGGGUUACAGCAUUGGCUACGGGAUCGGCAGCCCUCACGCCCAGACCAUGAAAGUGGACUACAAACAGAGAUACUACACCAUAGAGAACUUAAAUCCAAGCUCACAUUAUGUUAUCACACUCAAGGCCUACAACAACGUGGGGGAAGGCAUUCCCGUGUAUGAGAGCGCCAUCACAAGACCUCAAUCAGACCCCAUAGACCCUGAUGUUGAUUUGUACGAACUUUUCCAUGCUCCAUACACUCCAGUACCAGAUCCUUUACCCAUGCUGCCUCCUGUGGGCGUUCAGGCGUCCGUCCUGAGCCACGACACCAUCAAAGUCACCUGGGCGGACAACUCGCUGGCCAAGAGCCAGAAGAUCACGGAUGCACGCUACUACACCGUGCGCUGGAAGACUAACAUACCUGCUAAUACGAAGUUUAAGGUGGCUAACACCACGACCCUGACACACACUGUGACGGGUCUGAAACCCAACACCUUGUACGAGUUCUCGGUCAUGGUGACCAAGGGCAGACGGACCAGCACGUGGAGUAUGACUGCACAUGGCACAACAUUUGAAACAAUUCCAAGUUCUCCACCUAAAGAUGUGACCGUAGUGAGCAAAGAGGGUCGACCGCGAACCAUCAUAGUCAACUGGCAGCCGCCUUCAGAAGCCAACGGCAAGAUAACAGGUUACAUUAUUUACUACAGUACUGAUGUAAACGCCGAGGUUCAUGAUUGGGUGAUCGAGCCGGUAGUUGGAAACAGACUGACUCACCAGAUUCAAGAGCUCACCCUCGACACGGCGUAUUACUUCAAGAUCCAGGCCCGUAACUCUAAAGGCAUGGGACCCAUGUCGGACGCCGUCCAGUUUCGCACUCCUAAAGCCGAAUCCUCUGACAAAAUGGCUAAUGACCAAGCUCCUGGUAUCGUUAGAGGAAGACCUCUUGCACCGGACCAAGGCUUUGGAUCAGGAGGGAAACCAGACAUGUCCGGCACAGGUGAUAAUCACAUCCUGGUCAUUGUCAUCAUCGUGUCUGUGGGAGCCUUCACCAUCAUUGUAGUGGUGGUUGGAGCUUUCCUGUGUACACGCCGCACCACCACACAGCAGAAAAAGAAACGUGCGGCAUGCAAGUCCGCCAAUGGAUCGCACAAAUACAAGGGCAACUCCAAAGAUCUGAAGCCACCGGAUCUCUGGAUCCACCACGAGCGUUUGGAGCUCAAAGCUGUGGACAAAUCACCUGAACCCAACCCUGUCAUGACCGACACGCCGAUCCCUCGAACCUCUCAAGACAUCACACCGGUGGACACCUCUUUGGAUCCUAUGCUCCAGAGACGCAACUCUUACCGCGGCCAUGAAUCAGAGGACAGCAUGUCUACCCUGGCGGGCCGUCGGGGAGUCAGACCUAAAAUGAUGAUGCCGUUUGAUGCACAACCCCCUCAGCCUGUGAUUAGCGCUCACCCCAUCCAUUCCCUCGAUAACCAUCACCAUCAUUAUCACUUGGGCAGCCUGGCCUCACCGACACGCAGCUAUCUACAUCACCAGAGCAGCCCGCGGGCCAUGGCCACCCCCAUCUCUCAUCUAGACAGGGCCGAUUCAACAGAGUCCGUACGAAACACACCUAACGCCGACCUGCUCCCCCCGUCCGGUCAGCCUUCCUGUACCACUGAUCUCUCCGAGACGGAUAUCAGCUACCACAGUUCAGCUGCUGAGGAUGAACCUGUUUUUACUGCACCCACCGCACACGUUCGGCCCACGCACGCGCUGAAGAGCUUCGCUGUACCCGCCAUGCCAGCUCACUCCGUUUAUGACUCUUCAAUACUGCCCAGCACUCCACUGCUGUCUCAGACAGGGCCACACUCCGUUAAAACAGCCUCUAUCGGAACGCUGGGAAGGACAAGGACUCCCAUGCCCGUCAUCGUUCCCAACGCUCCGGAUGUGUCAGACAGCAGCAGACCAUAUGAAGAUUCUGGGAGCACCUACGAGACGGACGAGUUAUCCGAAGAAAUGGCUCAUCUGGAAGGUUUAAUGAAGGACCUGAACGCCAUCACGACGGCCUGAACGUAAUUCUCAUCAUCGACGUGCUCGGUCAAUCACAUACAACAGAGAGAGAACGAACUUUACAUUCUCUCAGGAAGGACAAACCCAUCAGGAGAUUUUGGGACAGGAAAGUUCAGCCAGAAAGACGUUUUAUUAUCCCGUGAUGAAAGGAAAACGACGAUAUGCUGGUGUACGUGUUGGUGCUCAUAAGGCACGAUUUACAGUGUUUCGUUUGUGUCUUUACUUUGUAUGUUUUUGUAUCUAUAUAUUAUAUAUAUAUAUAUUGCCCUCCCCGUUCCAGCGAGGUCAACGUUGUUCUUUUUUUCCCCUCGUUUUGUAUUUGACGCCUCUUUUUUUGUAUGACAUAUAAUGUGCCAUGUCUUAUUUUCUUAAACAUGUUUUGUAUUGUUUUAUAUGCAUACUGUAUACACAUAUUAGUUUGUACAUAUAUGUUAAAACCGACAUGGAUUUUUUUACAUUCGCCAUCAUUUCUCUCAUUUUUUUAAAAACGGGAGUUUGCUUCAGAAAUUGCCUUAUUAAAUCUGGAAAUCGAUACCUGUUUUGUUCAAAAAAGGAGGAAACGUGUAUCACGACACUGUGAUAUUUAUACUGUAAUCGUUGGUACGAACAGAGGACCUCCAUCACAUCCGUGGACUACAAAUGAUUGUUUGGUGCUCAAAACUUCAGGUUAUACACAUUUAUAACAGAUCAAUGAACAAGAAGUGCUUUGCAUGAUCGCUCAUCUCUCAAAGGAGCUGCGUUGGUCUGAAUUUCAGAUCGGACACAAACUCAUGACGUUCACUGUGAGAUUUUAGCUUUUGUGUGUUUUCAUACUCGACGUACAGAAACUCCCACUUCUCAUCUUUAUUUCCCAUUUGUUAUAUAUGAAGUAACUGUACAGAAUUUCAAUUCUCCCCAAUUGUUCCUCUCCUGCUGGAUAUAUUUGAUCUGUCUGUUUACCCAAAGAAAAUAUGAUACAGCAAUUGAACGUCUCAUCGAACAUUUUGUUGAAUGUCAUUUUGGGUAACUCUAUAGGAACACGGUUAAACGUUUGGUUAAAACAACCUUACCUGUUUGGGCUAAGCUAUCAAAAGGUGUAGACAGUCGAACCUUUAUUGCACUUUUUCAACAAUUUCAAGAAAAGAUGAAAAAAAAACAUUUUUACAUAUCUUGUGUUUUGAAUAUAAAGCUCUAUUUGUGUAAUGUAGUGUCAUAGUUUAGCAUAGGCAGCUGGUCUCAUGUUUUUUCCUCUGGAUUAAUAUUUGAGCGGCGGGUUUUACCGUGUCGCUUACGCUGAAUUCUGUUGUUGCUUAUUUCUGUACAAAUAUCUCGCUGUCUCUAGAAAUACUCGGUGGCUUUUUAAAAAAAAAUAUUCUUGAAACAUUGCCUUUGUUGCCUCUUAUUUGCUUUCUCGCAUGUAAAAUUUUGUUACUCUUUUGCAGGUUAAAUAAACUUCACAUCAUUUGUAA